UAAUACAUUGUAAUCCAGAAAGAUAUAAGAUGAGAAAAAACUAAAACUUUGCUCCUUAAAAACAGGGGCUUGGCCGUUGGGAUAUGAAAAUGACCAAUUUUCAGUUGCCAUACUGAAAAUCUCAAAAGUGUACGUCCUAUCUUUUUCAAAGAAAAUAAGUGAAAUUAUAGAGGCCACAAGAAGAAGAGCGCCAAUUUGAGUAUAGAUAAGGUUUUCUUGUUUGCUCUAUAAUCCCAAGAAAGAAAGUAACCCAAUCCCUUCAACUCUCUAAUUCACAACAAAGGGAGAGAGGAGAAGUGUGGUGUUGUUACUCUACAAGAAGCCACAAAGCCAAUAAAAAUCCUCUCUUUUGCAAGUAAAGAAUCUUGGAUUGUGUUCAAGGCAAAGUAUCUCUUCUUCUUCUUCUUCUUCUUUAAACCCUAAACAUCUAAUCCAAAGGGGAGGUGAAAAAAGCCAUGAGCACUCUUCAAGCUUCUCUUAUCUUCAAGCCUUUACCUUCUCUCUUCCAUUUUUCUUGUUCCUCCUACAAUCAUGUCCGUUGUUUAUCCACAACUGCAUCAUCUACUCGUUUUUGCCGCCACAACUUACGCCUUCAUUGUACAUUGAAUCCUGAUUUCGCCGCCGUAUCCAAUAAUAAUGACAAUGAACCUCAUAAAUUCAAUGAACCCUCCGUUUUCGAUACGAGUUCCGUUGACUCCAAUGGUGGAGUAGCAGCAGUGAGUAGUGCUACUACUGAAAAUGAACUGGGUCACGUGGAAUCAUCUGUGGAGAAUGAGGACCUGAAGAAGAAGCUGCCUAUAGUGGUUUUCUUAAUGGGUUUAUUUGCGAAGGUGAAAAAAGGGUUUGAGAAUGUUUUGUUGUCUGAUUGGUUUAGCUGGUGGCCGUUUUGGCAGCAAGAGAAGCGUUUGGAAAGAUUGAUGGCGGAAGCUGAUGCGAAUCCAAAGGAUGCUGCUUUGCAAAGCGCUUUGCUUGCUGAACUCAACAAGCACAGCCCUGAGUCUGUCAUUCGGCGCUUUGAGCAGAGAGCUCACGCGGUAGACAGUAGAGGAGUUGCAGAAUAUAUGCGAGCUCUUGUGGCUACAAAUGCUAUUGCUGAGUAUCUACCUGAUGAGCAAUCUGGAAAGCCUUCAAGUCUUCCUUCACUGUUGCAAGAGUUGAAGCAACGGGCAUCAGGGGACAUGGAUGAACCCUUUCUCAAUCCUGGCAUUUCCGAGAAGCAGCCAUUACAUGUUGUGAUGGUUGAUCCUAAAGUUUCAAACAGAUCAUCACGUUUUGCACAAGAGUUUCUCUCAACUAUCAUAUUCACUAUUGCCGUUGGCUUGGUCUGGAUAAUGGGGGCUGCUGCACUUCAGAAAUAUAUUGGCGGCUUAGGUGGGAUAGGAGCUUCAGGUGUUGGUUCAAGCUCCUCCUAUGCCCCGAAAGAGUUGAAUAAAGAAGUAACGCCAGAGAAGAAUGUCAAAACGUUUAAGGAUGUCAAAGGUUGUGAUGAUGCUAAGCAAGAGCUUGAGGAGGUUGUUGAGUACCUAAAAAAUCCUUCUAAGUUCACACGGCUUGGAGGGAAGUUGCCGAAGGGAAUUCUUUUGACUGGAGCACCUGGAACAGGAAAAACUCUCCUCGCCAAGGCUAUUGCUGGAGAAGCAGGGGUGCCUUUCUUUUAUAAGGCAGGCUCUGAAUUUGAAGAAAUGUUUGUGGGAGUUGGUGCUCGGCGUGUGAGAUCUUUGUUUCAAGCUGCUAAGAAGAAGGCUCCAUGCAUCAUAUUUAUUGAUGAAAUUGAUGCUGUUGGAUCAACUCGAAAGCAGUGGGAAGGCCAUACUAAGAAAACAUUGCAUCAGUUACUUGUUGAGAUGGAUGGUUUUGAGCAAAAUGAGGGAAUAAUAUUGAUGGCUGCGACCAACUUGCCCGAUAUUCUUGAUCCUGCCUUGACAAGGCCGGGUAGAUUUGAUAGGCAUAUUGUGGUUCCCAACCCAGAUGUACGGGGUCGUCAAGAGAUCUUAGAGCUUUAUUUGCAAGACAAACCAGUCAGUGAUGAUGUCAAUGUGAAUGCGAUUGCUCGUGGAACACCAGGAUUCAAUGGAGCAGAUUUGGCAAACCUGGUAAAUAUUGCUGCCAUUAAGGCUGCUGUUGAAGGUGCUGAGAAGCUAAAUGCAUCACAGUUGGAGUUUGCAAAAGAUAGAAUAAUAAUGGGAACAGAACGCAAAACCAUGUUCCUUUCAGAAGACUCAAAGAAGCUAACUGCAUAUCAUGAGAGUGGCCAUGCAAUUGUUGCCUUGAAUACUGAAGGCGCACAUCCUAUACAUAAAGCUACGAUCCUGCCGCGGGGGUCUGCUUUGGGAAUGGUUACACAGCUUCCUUCAAAUGAUGAGACAUCAAUCAGCAGAAAACAGUUGUUAGCACGGCUUGAUGUUUGUAUGGGAGGAAGAGUAGCUGAGGAGCUGGUCUUUGGCCCAGACAAUGUAACUACUGGGGCUAGUAGCGACCUUAACACAGCUACAGAACUUGCUCAAUACAUGGUAUCAUCCUGUGGGAUGAGUGAUGCAAUUGGACCUGUUCACAUCAAAGAGCGGCCAAGUGCUGAAAUGCAAUCACGUAUAGAUGCUGAGGUGGUCAAACUUCUACGAGAAGCAUAUGAUCGGGUAAAGGCCCUCCUAAAGAAGCAUGAGAAGGCUCUGCACACACUGGCAAAUGCACUUCUAGAGUAUGAAACGCUGAGUUCAGAAGAAAUAAGGCGGAUUCUUCUCCCUUUCUCUGAAGAACGGCUCUCUGAACAACAGCAGCAGCAGCAGCCUCAGGACGAAGAAGCACUCGCAUUGGCUUAGGUAAUGGCUUGCUCUUCCAUCUCAGCUGGUGGAGGGAGGCUAUUAUGUACAGUAUAUACGGAGCACUAGUUUUCAUUAUUUCAUUUACAGGCCUUCACAAAAUUUUUCUUUCCCUCUUUUGUUGUAACAUAUUUGGUAGGACUUCCAUUCCCUGGCAUUGACAAAACAGGUAGCUUCACUAGUGUUGUACGCCUCGGUAGGUCUUUCAGGUUUUCUUUUCAUUUUCCUUGCCAGCCUUUUUGAAAUUUAAAUACCCUGUAUUGGGCAAAAUUUUGCAUGUAAACUUGGGAAUUGUAUAUCUAUUUACUGGGUAUAAGGAUAUCCUACUUUAACACCA